GAGAGGACAACAGACACAGAUCACUACUCGUGCACCCUUAAUUCCAGCGAGACCCCUCUAGACCAGACCCUGGACCUAACUCCCCAGAGACCCCUCUCGACCGGACCCUGGACCUAACUCCACAGAGACCCCUCUCGACCGGACCCUGGACCUAACUCCACAGAGACCCCUCUAGACCGGACCCUGGACCUAACUCCACAGAGACCCCUGCAGACCCCUUUAGAUCCUGUGGACCAGCACCUAGACCAGACCAGACCCUAACAUGGGACUACUCAGUGUGGAAGAGCUGGUGACUGGCAAGAGGAGCGACGGCAGAGAGGCGGAGGACUUCUCAGGGGGCGUGUACGAGGCAGCUGUCAAUCAAGAGAAGCAGGAUGACCGUCGGUCGCAGGUGGAGGUGGGCGGGGCCAUGUUGGAGGUGGGAGGGGCCAUGUCGGAGGAGGAGGAGGUCAGCGUGGCUGCGCUCAACACGGACCAGAGUGGGCGUCUGCGGUUGGACACGGUGGACGACCUCUUCAACAUCCUGCAGCUGAGGAAGAGGAGGAGAGCGAGGAAGACUGCGGUAGCAAGGAAGCAGCCAGAAGCUGAGAUCAUCCCUGCGGUGGUGGAUGUGGAGGUCUUCCUGUCGGCUUCGCUGGACAACAAACUUCCACUGGUGGACAAAUAUCUCACUGAUGGAGGAAACCCCGACGUAGUUGACCACUUCCAGAGGACCGCGCUACACAAGGCUGCCUCCAAAGGUCACCUAGAGGUCAUGAAGAGGCUGCUGGAGGCUGGAGCUUCGUUGGAGAACAGAGACAAGUUGGAGGCCACAGCGGUACACUGGGCGUGUCGGGGAGGACACGUGUCUGCUCUCGAGCUGCUUCUCAACCAGGGAGCCAAGAUUACCUGCAGAGAUAAGCUGCGCAGCUCUCCGCUCCACGUGGCCGUGCGGACCGGACACAUGGAGUGCGCCGAGCACCUCAUCCACUGCGGGGCCGACGUCAACGCCCGCGACCGGGACGGAGACACGCCCAUGCACGACGCCGUCCGCAUCAACCGCUUCAAGAUGAUCCGGCUGCUGAUGAUGCACGGGGCCAGCCUCCACGCCAGAAACGCCGACAUGAAGACACCUCUGGAGAUGCUGAACGCCUGGCAGAGCGGAGCCAAGAGCCUGCUCUGUAGCUCCAGCUCAGAGCAGCCUGGGGUCUAGAGGAGGAGGAGCAGGAGGAGCAGCAGCCUGGAGUCUAGAGGAGAAGGAGGAGCAGCCUGGAGACUAGAGGAGGAGGAGCAGGAGGAGCAGCCUGGAGCCUUGAGGAGGAGGAGCAGGAGGAGCGGCAGCCUGGAGUCUUGAGGAGAAGGAGGAGCAGCCUGGAGACUAGAGGAGAAGGAGGAGCCUGGCAUCUAGAGGGUUAGCAGAUCCUAUUGCGGUUAAUAUAGAGCUGGUAACAUAGAGCUGGUAAUAUACUCUAGAGCUGAUAACGUAGAGCUGGUGAUUUAGAGCUGGGGAUAUAGAGCUGGUACCACAGAGCUGGUACCAUAGAACUGGUACCACUGACUUGGUACCAUAGAACUGGUACCACUGAGCUGGUACCACAGAGCUGCCAGAGUGCUGGUAACGUAGAGCUGGUGAUAUAGAGCUGGUACCACAGAGCUGGUACCACUGAGCUGUUACCAUAGAGCUGGUACCAUAGAACUGGUAACAGAGCUGUGACAUAGAGCUGGUGAUAUGAAGCCUUGGAGGCUAAGGGAUCUUAACCUUUAGUUUAACCUUUGACCUUUACUAGCUGGGAAACUUAAUGAUGACAACCUAGCUUCCAAGCACCGCCCCCUAGUUAGACCAGUAAUUCACCAGUACACCAACAGAACCAGAACAUUCAGGGAGGAGAGUUUGCUAAACCAUUGCUGGACAAAGAUUUGGCCAAAUGUAUUUAUUGAUUUAUUUAUUUAUUGACCAGUUGUUUUGGUUUGUUGACAAAUGAAUCUUGAAAAAAUGAAACAAAAUUAUGAUGGUUUAAAGUAAAGUGUAUAUAUGUAUACAUAUAUAAAUGAGAGAGAAAGAGAGAGAGAGAGAGAGAGAGAGAGAGAGAGAGAGAGAGAGAGAGAGAGAGAGAGAGAGAGAGAGAGAGAGAGAGAGAGAGAUCUCAGAUCGGCAGAUGAUAAAAUUGAAUUUUGUUUAAAUUGAUUGGUAUUUGAAGUUGAAUAUGUAAAUAAAUGUUAUUAUUUAUUGUGUUGAAUAAAGCAAUGUUUGAAAAUA